UGCUCCACCACAUGAUGAACAUUACUUCAAUCUUUAACCAGGCUCUGGCCGCUCACGAUGCCCUGCCAGUCGAGCCUUAUAUCUUGCGCCUUCAGGACUUGGACCAAUUCUUGAAAGAGGCCUACCGCAUUCGGGCACAUAUUGCAGAGCUCAACGCGUACUUGAGAUCGAUCCGGCAGAGCUAUCUUUCUACCGCUCUUUCUCCUCGGCGGAAGCAAGUCGCGCGAACGAAUACCUCGAGCUUCCUACCCACCACCGAAAAGGAUGCGAAGUACCUUACCGACACGCAGCGGACGGAGAUCGAUGCUCAGGCGAAGCAGCUUCUACGCGAGCUCAAUGUUGCGAUCAACAAUCUCUCUGACGCGGAACAGGUGCGACAGUCUGCUGAGACUACGAUUGCACUGAAGAAGCGGGCAAGAGCUGGCCUGGGUGCGCUCGGACGAUGGGCAGCGGGCGGGGCAAUCACGGCAAAGAGUCCGCAAGAAGAGUUAGAAGAGGCCAAGGCGAAUACCAUAAAGGUGCACAGGGAGAGCGUGAUAUGGUAUCUACAACGGCAACUGGAACAAUGCGGCCGCUUCCAGAGCUCAAUGAUGGAGAUUCGGCUCACACGGGAAGUCGAGAAGAGCAAGAGUGUGCUGUACAAGGCGAGAGGAACGAUGCCAUCCUCAGACGACUACAGCGGAGUGAAUGAAGGCCCCAGUAGCAUGAACGACUACCGGGGAAAGACGCCAGUAGAUCAGGAUGCUGAAUCGCUUGUGGCGCAGGAGCGGCUUAGUCCUGAGCAGCUCCAGCUGUUUGCACAAGAGAAUCAAGAUAUGCUAAAGCAUUAUGAGGACGCGUUGGAUCAAGUGCGAACCGCCGAGAAGUCUUUGCUGGAGAUCUCGGAGCUGCAAACCACGCUCGCAAACAAUCUUACCAUCCAGGCUGCGCAUAUCGACCAACUCGUGGAGGACUCGUAUCUAACUACAGAAAAUGUGGGGAGCGGGAACAAGGAGCUCAAACGAGCUACAGAAAGGAUGAGUCAAGCGCAAAUGCUUUUCUACUGCACGAGCGGGUUUUGCGCGUUCCUAAUUCUCUGGGACCUGUUCAUAUGACACCUGCUUUGUAAAUGGACUCAGAUUGGGUCAGGCCGUAGAUAAUCGGAGACGCAUCCUCG